UCCAUCAGGAGGCAACCAACAAACCAAAAGCGCCAGAAGAGCAAGAUUCGCGAUUCUCCCCACAAGAAGAGAAGACGUACCGUGCGUGCGUGUGGUGUGCAUUUUCGUUUCUAGAAGAAAAAGAAAAACAGCAGCCUCCUUCAGGGUUUUUGUUAUCGGUUUUUCGGUGUCGCGGGUUUGAAAAACGUGCGGUUUCGAUAUCGUCGCGCGCGGUUCCAUGUUCGUUUCGGGAAGUUUUCAACCGAGGGAGGCAUAAUCCAACGAUUUGGUGUGUUUUCGUUUCGGUGGAUUGGGUUCUUGGUGGCGCGGUAGGCGCUGCAUAUCCACAGCAACGACGACGACGACGACGACCACUUCCAAAACGAAGACGAUCAGGAGGAGCUAGCAUUUUUUCCGGAUCCGAGAAGAUUGCGGCGAUUAGCAGCGUUCGCCGGGUGUCGUCCGAUUAGCCUUGGUGCAUCAAGAACAGCAGCAGCAGUGCCCAAACCUGCCCCUACUAUUGCCGCCAGCUGACGGCAUCGACGUCGACGGACGACGAUGAAUAGUGCGCCGGCUUCGUCGGGCCGGGGUCGCGGAGGCAAACGCCAGCAACAGUCCCUCUACAGCCCCGGCAGUGGUCCGCUGCGGAAAUCGGAAAACUCCGGCAGCAAUCGGUCGCUGAAUUCGCUCGGCGGAGGCGACGGACCUGCUCCGAUGGGCCGCGAUCGAGACCGUGAUCGUGAUCGCGACUGGGGUCAGAGCGAUGGAUGGCGAUCGGUUAACACUAAGAAAGAAAGGAACAACAAAAAACACGACUACUACGAUCAGCCGCCGCAGCAGCAGCAACAGCGGCCGAGGAAUGAUGCGCCGCCUCCUGGCUUCCGGCAGGCUUCCGAACCGCGGGUCCUGUCCAGCAAUCCGCCUAACGUGAACUACAACCGGCCUCAGGAUCGCUUGCGCAACGAGCGGGACACCCGAAGUGUCGAACCGAACUUUGGGGGCCGCGGUGGCCCCAAGAAACCUCAGCUGCCUUUGAACAUCGAGAGCCUAGCGCCCCGGUUGCAACGCAAGAUCCUCCAAGAUCAUGGCCUUCCGCUGGACUACCUGGAAACCCAUCCGCCGCAGAGCUGGUCGCAUACGCUUCCCAUGUCACCUCGAUCGCGUCCGCCGGGAAUGCGAGGUGGCGGCCGGAAUCGCUACUCAGGGAACUACCAGCAGGGCGGCGGCGGUGGCGGAUACCAACAGGACUAUCGGGCUCGAACCCCCGUAGAUCUUCAGCGACCGCGUAGUCGAUCGUCGGACGUCGGAGGUGAUCAAGGCGGCGAUCUUCACCAGCAUCCGCAGCAGCAGGACUUUGAUAGGCCUCCGCGACCGAACAGUCGGAACUCCAGCUGCGAUCCGAACGAUCGGUGGAACAGCAACUACGGGCUUCCACCGCGGGACGCAGGAAACCGAGGCUACGGCGACGAUCACGUUUCCAUUGGUCCGCCGCCCGGAUUCCGGAAAGAUAGCAUUCGCAACCGACAGUACUCGGACGGAGGAAAGAUCGAUGAAGACGAUGGCAGGAAAUCUGUCGGAAAAUUGGACUGGGCUGACGACGUCGAGCGGGAAGCAAUGCAAGAGAAGACUGCCCUCAACAACAACGUCGGUCCGCACGCGGGCUCCGGCGGCAACAGGAACAGACGUCGACACCGGAGAAACGGAAAUCGGAAAAAGUUGAAGGGAACAACCAACAGCCGCUCCAGCCAGGACUUUUACGACGACCAAGGCUUCAAAGUGCCGUACGCACCGGCGGCCAAGGGAAGCGGCGGAAGCAGUGGCCGCAGCCGUCGUAACUCCCAGUCCUCCAACCUGAGCCGUGAGAACAGCAUGGAUCGAGCGGCGUACGGUCGUGGCGGUGGCGGUAAUCGUGGCGGAAAGCAUUUCGGAAACCGCGAGGGCAGUCAGGAUCGGUACUACGGCCACCACCGGAAAGGCGCCGGAGGCGGUGGAGAUCGGUACAGCACCAGCAGGGAUAACAGUAUGGAUCGUGGAAAUUGGCACCGGGGCGGCGGCGGCGGCGGCGGAGGGGAUGCCGGAAACUGGCGAGGCGUGGGCGACGGCGUUGAAAAAACGGAUAUCAAAAUUGCCGAAAUGACGAAGCAGUUCGAAGAGCAGAUCGGAAUCCAGAAAGGUCCGGGGGUGUUGGUACUUCCGCCGAAGAUCCCGGCGUCGGGAAGUGGCCCACGGGAGGAACAUCUCAGGGAUGAUCAUUCGGGAAAUUCACGGACAUUGUUCGAUCCCAAGAAUCCCAACAAACCGAUUAUGAUCACUCCCUCACAAACCCGGAACUAUAAUCCUCCGGAGAACCUAGACGAGCUAGGAUCGUCCUCUGAACGCAAGCGAAUAGCCAGCGGGAAUCAACUGAGCAGUGCACGCCCCCCUUGGUACGAUCACAGCGUCUCCCAAGCCAACCUCCUUCGAAACAAGGAUCUGGUCCGCCAAUUAGAAGCGGCCGAUAACCGCCUGCAAGAUCUACUCCUCAGCGGGAACCUCUUCCGGGAGUGGCACAUUUACGUCCAAAUCCGAUCCGACCUGCAGAAGCUCCUAGAAGCCUUCCUCCUGACGGAAAUGCGCUUCUCCCAGGACAUCAACAUCGAGCACCACUUCUGGAAGCUGCUCUACUACAACAUCAUCGAGCAGAUGCGGAAGCUCCUGGCGGAAGAUCCCGACCAGAACAACCGGGCUUACUACCGCGAAAAAGCCCUAGAAAUCAUCGAAAACGGAUCGCAGUUCUUCGAGCAGCUCCUCACCCUCCUCGAGGAAAAGUUCAACUUCAGUUUGGACAACUUUAUCGGACUGAAUGCGGCCACCAACACCAAGGGCCAGAAGUGCGGCCUGGCGUUGGUUUCCGCGCAGAAGAUCUUCCUCUUCCUGGGCGACCUAGCGCGGUACCGGGAGCAAGUCAACGAGGGCAACAACUUCCGCAAGGCCAAGCAGUGGUACGUGAAGGCGCAGCAGAUCAUGCCCAAGAAUGGCCGGCCGUACAACCAGCUGGCGCUGCUCUCCGUCUAUGCUAAACGCAAAAUUGACGCCGUCUACUUCUACAUGCGCAGUCUGAUGUCGUCCAAUCCGUUUGAAUCGGCUCGCGAAAGUCUUAUGGAUUUGUUCAACGAGACGAAGAAGAAGUACGAGAGCAGCCAGCGGAAGCGCGAGGAGAAGAACCGAGCGCGGCUCAAAGAGAAAGAGCACCGCUUCGAUGGCCACCUGCGGCGCGAAACGUGGAUCCAUCCGGAGGGUGGUUCCCGGGUGCACCGGACGGCGCCAUUGGAUCCGAUGGCCGGCCGAACCGGCGAUACCAGCGAGGAAGAGGAAGAGGAACUGCGCCAGCUGGAUUCCAUCGAGCUGAACAAGCGCUUUAUCGUGAGCUUCCUGCAUGUGCUGGGGAAGUUGAUCACCAAGACGGGCAUGGAGUCGUUUACGCCCUGUGCCAUCCAGAUGCUGCGGGAGUUUCGGGCGCUAAUUCAGCACUCGCCCAUUGCCGUCACCUCGCACCGGUUGCUGCAGCUGAUGUCGCUGAACAUGUUCGCCAUCGAGAUCACCAAGCUGAAAGACUCAACGAUCGCCCCUGGAGCGCGCUCCGAAGUGCAGGAAUGUGCUCUCUCGAUCGGACUGCUCAUGUUCGGUAUCAUCCUGCAGCGGUUCAUUCACGUGAUACAGAGCGCGUCGUGUAGUGAUAGCAGCAGCACCAGUAAUAGCCACAGCAGCACCAGUACUAGGAUCGGUUGUGCUGAUCCCGCCGGCACCACUGGCACCACUAGUGGGAACAACAAUGACACGAAUGAGUCACUGCUGCAGGCGAUCGCCAGCAAACAGAGUGCGAUCGCCGAGAACCUCAAGGAGCUUAGCUUGGUGGCCGGCACGAAAUCAACACCUCAGUCCGGGCACCACCGGGCAACAAAGGAUGGCAGGCUAAACGAUGGGAACGCCCUACCAACGGCAACGACGACGGCUCAGGUGGGGUCAUCAAACAGCGGCGGCGGCAGCAGCAGCAGCAGCAACUGCCAAGUCCGACAGAAAUUGGUGCUGCAGGAGGACGCCAAGGCGAUACUUCCCGCAAUUAAGGUGUGGUGCGACUGGAUGCUUUAUCACACCGGCACGUGGAAUCCGCCGCCCUUCUGCACAGACUACAAAAUUGGUGCUUCCACCGGCCACGACCCGUGGUCCGGACUGUCCAACCUCAUGACACUGCUGGCCCGGUUGGAUACCAACAAGGAGGUCCUCUCGGUGGAAUCGAAAGAAGAUUUCCUAGUCGUUCGACUCCAGGAGGACAUCACCCUGGCAGGGUUCACUCCGCUCAUGUCCGGAGGCCCGGAACCCGUCUUUACCCACAAGUCACAUGACAUGGAAGAGGCGCAGAACGAACUUCGAGUGCAGAAGCUGAUAUUCUUCGGAACGGGGCACCUGUGCACGUGUAAACCACCGGUGCUCCAGAAGGUCAUCAGCCAAUCCGGUGCGGAGGAGUUUAUCAGCAUAGUGCAGAACCGAAUAGAAGGGUCGAGCGAUUCGGAGAUCCUUCUGGAGAGUUUCAGCGAAGACGAGAGCGAAAGUCAAUCCCAGCAGCAGCAGCAACAACAACAACCACCACAAAACAGUAGUGGGAAAGAUCACGAGAAGGGGAAGAAGAAGCACCACAACAGUAAGGAGCAAGACAGCAACAAUCAAAACGACGAAAGCAAGAAAAACAACAACAACAAUAACACCUCCAGUAGUAAAUCCAGCGGGAAGAAGCGUAGAAAUAGCAGCAACAACAAUAAUAAUAAUAACAAUAAUAGCACCAACAGUACUAGCAAUAGUAAUAGUACAAAUACCAGUAGUAGUAACAACAACAACGCCUCCGGGGCUGCCGUCAGUACGAGUGGGGCUGCCAGUAGUGCGGAAGUGCAGGAAGUGGCCGGGAAGAGCAAUCAGGAGAUCCGAAAGCUGCUCCGUCGGAAGGACGAACUGGAGCGGAAGCAGAAGAUGCAGGAAAAGUACACCCAACGGUUACAGGACAUUCUAUCGCAGAGCACGAUCGCCUUGAUGAUCGAGGUUCGACCGCGAUCGCUGGUGCCCGAUACUAACUGCUUCGUAGACUACCUCGCCGACAUCGAGAGUAUCGCCCGAGCGCAUCCGCUCUAUCAGCUGAUGGUUCCUAUUGUUGUGAUCAACGAACUGGAGGGCCUGUCCAAGGGAAUCAAACCGGGCACGGUGGCGGCAACUGCGGCCAACGCUACCGCAGCCGGAGUCAUCACGUCCAAGCUAACGUCCAGCGUGUCGGUGUUCCCAACGGCGGCAGCGGCCAAAGCCUCAUCGGUCGACCGACGUUUCGACCCGCUGCACGCCGAAAAGGUAGCCGCUGCAUCCAAGCAAGCUCUGGACUUUAUCAGAAAGAAGAAUCCCGCCCUGAAAUGCGUAACCACGAAAGGAUCGAUACUCAACACGUCCACGUUCACCGCCGAGGAUGGCGACGACGUGCAAAUAUCCAACGAUGAUCGAAUUCUGAAAACUGCCUUAAACCUGUGCCGCGAGCACGCGGAGGAGAAACGAGGAGAGGUUCGUUACAUCAUCCGCGACGUGGUUCUCCUCACGACGGACCGGAACCUGCGGGUGAAAGCCCUGUCCAACGAUCUACCGGUACGGGAGCUACCGGACUUUAUCAAAUGGGCCGGGCUGGGGUCGGCUUAGAGGUAGGUAGGUAGGUAGGUAGUAGUUCCUCCACGCGAAAUUCUCCUCCGUCUCCACUACCCCGACACCCCCCAUCCAGCUGACCGCAUGAUGAUGAUUGAAAGAAAACGACUCUUAGCGCGAGAAAGCAAGAAAAGUACUAUUCUAACCGUGUUAGUUACAGACAUGAACAACAAAUCUUCAACUAAUCUAGUGAAAACAUUAAAGUUAUCUCGUUUGUUCAGUCGCUUUAGGUUCUCUUUUUUAUUACAAUUGAUUAAUUGUUUUAUAUACAUGAUAUACACUUAUUAUACUGUAAAGAUGAAACUCCGAUAGUGAAUAAUUAAAUAACGUUUUUUUUUUAUACAAGCCUGACUGUUCGAACUCGUCUUUCGAAGUAGACAUAUUUUUUCCUGUUUUUAUUUUUUACUCUUUUACUAAUUGUAUGUAUAAUGAUCAAUUUACCUUUAACUGUGUUUCAGUUUAGAUUUACUGUCUGCAAGAAAGUAUAACUUAUUAAAUAUGCUAAUAUGUUUAUAAAAAUACGUUCGUUCGUUCGUUGACUCUUGAGUAAAGGAAAACUGUGAGCGAAGGAGACGCACUGAGACGCAAGAAAGCAAAAAGGCUGGCAAAACCUUACCCCCGUUUUUUGACUGUUGUAGUUGUAAAUAUUUUAAAAUGAUUAAACUCUGGUGUGUAUCAGACACUGAACUCUUCCUUCCCUGGUUUUGUGCUGCACCCGCCGCGAGAGGGCAGCCGAGGGCCGACUUGAGAAAUAGACGAUGUUAAUUGAUGACUAUGUUAUAAACACAAAUUUGAUCAAAAUGAGCCGAGCAUUAGCGAAGUGACAAAUUGAGAUAAUUACAAAAGAAGCAGAAGACGAAUGAUGCGUAGCCCCCGACUACUGUACUGGUGGUGCGUAUCUCUCAGUAUAAUAGGGAAAAAUGUCAACAUUGAUUGACGAAUACAUUAGUUUUGAAUUUUUUGUUUUGUUUUUAAAUGAAUAUCAUAUUGUAGUAACAAAAAAAAACUAGACGCAACUUUAAGGCGAGGAGAAGCGAAAACGAGAACAGUUUACACUCAGACAAAAGAAAAACAAAAACAACCGUAGAUUAAGUGAGGCGAAUUUUGUUUUGCUCGAUAAGGAAAUGAAUCCAGAACCCAUGAUGGAAGAUGUUGAUCAUGAAGGUGAUGAAGAUGAUGACGAUUAUGAACACUAUCAGAAUAAAAAACAAAGGAUAUUUUUCAAAGACAGAACUGAGAGAACAA